UUCAUGAUUUUCUUGGCGAUCGACUCUAAACUGCUUUGCGAUCGACGUUAUGGACACCACUGAUAUAGAUGAUAUAUGGAAAUGUGUUGAGAAUUUGUUAGGGCAAUAAACACAACGUAAAAUAAUAGAUAAUAUUAGUUUAAAAAUAGAAAAUGUCAUUUACCUUUUACUAGCCACUUUUUAACGAAAGAAAUUUCUAACAUUUUCUACACGUUAAAGGCAUAAAGUCACAAUAAUUCGUGGAGGGGAGAAAAACGGAGGUAUUCUAUUAAUGGAAUUAAUGAAUUGUGGGCAUCAACGGGUUAAACAUAAUUAAGUCGUUAGUAUACACGAAGUGUUAUAAAGACAAAGUAUUGUGAACUUUUUAUAUAAUAUUCGCUUUGCAAUGUAGUUAUACUUAAAACGAGUUUACAAUAAUUUGGUAUUGUUUGUAAUAAUCAUGAUAAACCUUAGUCAUUUCACGACGAUGAUUUGCUCGAUUACUUAUUAACUUUUCUACUAUAUCGUAUAUAAGAAUUAUUCGUAGUGGAACAAAUAUUUUCUUCUUUAGGUGUCGUCUCAGCUGCUCUAAAUAGUUGGUUGCUGGUGCAUUUAAAGUUUGGAUGUACCAGAAGAAUGUCCCAGCAAGUUAUUGCUUUUCAGAUAAAGUGCGCUGCACUCAUGAUAAUGCACAAUUAAAUUAAUUAUAAUUAAAUUAAUUAUAAAAAAUUAAUCGUAAGAUUUUUACUUUAUUGGAAGAAGCAUUUGUAUCAAAGCAAAAAAAAAAGAUACUGCAGUACAAGAUUUGGUAUUAUUUAUAAAUGUGAUUGGAUCAAAAAUCCAGAAGCAGGGCACUAACUAAGUGUGAAGAUUCAUACACAAUUUUUCAAUAUCUAAGAAACGUAGAAGAGGCGUUUCUAGAAGAGGAGUGUAAUGCAUUUUGGAAGUAAAAUCUGAACAGAAUUUGUGCUUUUUGAACUUAAUACCGAGAUACUAAAUGUUGACGAAAGCAUUUUUACAGAAAUUGGGGAAAAAAGCAAUUAUGGCUUUUAACUGAUGAAGUGAGUCACAAUUAGUAUCAAAUAGUUGUUGGGUAAAGUAAUUAUUAAGUAAUAUCUUUUAAUACAUUGAAUACAUUGUAAAAUCAAUACUAUAACGUAAAAUAAAUAAUAAUUUUAUCUAUGAGUAGAAACAACCAGAUAAGGUCUAUUUAAAUCAAACCCUACACACGUUAACGAAUUAAAUCGUUUCGAUAUUAAGAAGAACAAGUUCUAUAUAAACUUUUUAAUGGGUAACACAACCGAAGAUUUAGUGCCAUGUGUAAAACGUGCGAUCGAUGAUAUUAUAGCAAAUGAAAACUUUGCUUCACCACCAACGAUAAAAAUUUCGCCUGGAUCUCAAAUAGGUGAUGGUUAUGCAUCAAAGACGUUAGCUAUAGAAAUUAAAGAUACGGAAAAAACUAUCAAUUUGUUCGUAAAAUAUUUACCAGAAGUGAAAAAUGAUAUCAUCGAAUCUCUUAAAGCAGCGUUUGACGUUGAGUUUCGUUUCUAUCAAGAAAUUUAUCCAGAAAUGAAGAAAAUUCAAGAAGAAAAGGGAUUAAAAGAAAAUAUUUUUGAUAAUGUCCCAAAACAUGUUAAAACUAACAUUAAAUUUGAUGGUUAUACCCCUAUUAUAUUGGAAAAUCUACGACUUUCUGGUUACACUUUGCGAGAUUUUCAAACUACUAUUGACGAAGAACAUUUCGUACUAGCUUUGAAGACUUUUGCUAAAUAUCAUGCACUUUCUUAUGCUUUGAAAGAUCAAAAACCCGAUUUAUUUAAACAGCUUACAUUCGAUAUGAAAGAUAAUUUUGUAACAGCUUUUGAGACAAUGCUAGGUGAAAGUAUGGGUAUGGCCAUAGAUAUGUUUUUAAAUGGUUUGGAUUCCGAUUUAGAUAAAAAAUUAAUUAAUUCGUGUGGAAAUUUACGGAAAAUUUUAAUUGAUCACGCUUGUAAUGUUCAUAAAUUUGUUGAUGAUUACGCUGUAAUAUGCCAAGGAGAUUGUUGGUCAAACAACAUGAUGUUCCUUUAUGAUGAUAAUGGAAAACCCAUCAAUAUCAAAUUAGUUGAUUGGCAAAUCCAAAGAUUUAAUUCUCCAAUUUUAGAUGUUUCUUAUUUUUUUUAUAAUGUGGCCACAGAGGAAAUCAUAAAAAAUUUUGAUAAAUACUUCAACUUCUAUUAUAACACUUUAGCCGAUUCCUUAAAAAGCUUAGGAAGUGAUCCAAGAAAAAUUUAUCCAAAGGUGGUUUAUUUGAGUCAUUGGAAAAAGUAUGCUAAAUUUGGUUUGACGAUGGCUUUCGGUGGUUUUUUGAUGUUAGCCAAAAAAGAUAAUGUACCGAAUUUAUUGGAUGGGGAUGAUUUGAAAGUUUCUAAUCCAACUGAAGACUUUGAAGGUCGAAGCGUUUAUCAACAAAGAAUGAAAAUGCUUGUGGAACAUUUUCUUGAACGUGAUUUCUUGUAAUUAUAAUUUUAUUUAAAAUAAAUUCUCACUUAAGUAAAAAUGUCAUUUUGUUCCUACUAUUACUUCGUAUUUCAUCUUGUGUAAAGGCGUAUUACUUCAACAUCGUCGUUAGCAUCGUGGUCAGAACUUAUUUGUUCUUAUACCGAACAUAGAAAGUGACUUGGUGUUUAGUUCCGAACACUAAGAUAUUGCUAGAUAAAGAUUAUUUAGAUUCAAGAACAACCUAAUAUUGCAAUUGAAGAAAUUAAAGGAGUAUUUUCUAAUAUGCAACCUAAUAAAGCACCCAGACUAGAUGAAGUUGUCGUAGAAGUAGUAGAAACUGACAUUGGAAAAGCAAACAGGAUUCCUAUGAAUUGCUAAACGCAUCGAAUUGAUUAAUAUAUACGCGUACCUAGAACACGAAAAUCCCGAGGCAACCAGAAUUGUGAGCUACACAAGUCAAACUCGGAUGGGCAGCUUAUAGAAAGCUAAAACAUGUGUUCAAAAGCGACCUUCCAAUUUGUCAGAAAAGAAAAGUGUUCAAUCUUGACUUUACGACAGCAUCUCGGUCAUGCUGGAACUGACUUUAAAAUACUUUGAUACAAACCAGGAUCUGAGGCAGAAAACUACUUAAAUGGAAUUGGGACGAACAUGUGGUCACAAUGAAUGGCGAUACGUAGAAGAAGGCAGCUGAAGAUUUGAAAAGAGUGGCUAAAAAGUGGAUACAAGCUUAAAACAGAGAAAGGUAGAGGGCAAUCAGGUUUAGAGAGAGAUCAUAAUUUAGGAUAAGGUUUUUUGUAAAAUAAUUUCCGAGAUGCAAGUAAUUUGAGUAUCAUCAGAUACUUUAUGAAAGAUGUCUGGAAAAUUCUUCCAGUUACAAAAGAUAAAUAAAUAAUCCACCAAAUCAUAUAAGAUUUCCAAUUAACAAAAUUAAGAAAAACAAAAAUUCCCUAAAAUAAACUGGGUC